AUGGACAGUAAACUCAUGAGUAACACGAGUGUAUUAGUGCUAGAUAAGAAUACUUCUGAAGAUGUUGCAAAAGCUAUGAUAGAAGAAGGUCUCCAGAAGGAACCUUUUUUCGUAUUCGAUAUGGACGAGGCCUAUCGCCGUGUGGCGCACUUCAAGAAAAUGAUGCCGAGGGUGCAGAUGUUUUAUGCUAUGAAAGCCAAUGACAGUGACAAAAUGAUAAAACUGGCGGCUGCUCUGGAAUUGGGUUUCGACUGCGCUUCGCCGGGAGAGAUUCAUAAAAUAUUGGAGCUAGGUGUAUCGCCACAGAGUAUAAUAUUCGCCGCACCAACUAAAACUCCGGAUUGGAUGGUGUACGCGCGCCAGUCUGGCGUUCGGCACACAACCUUCGACUCUUCGUACGAACUGAAAAAAGUCAAGCAAUAUUGGCCAGAUGUAGGACUAUUAAUUCGCAUCAAGGUGGAUAGCGACAGUAUUUAUAAGCUAGGAGAAAAAUUUGGUUGCGACUUCGAAACAGAGGCUACAAAUUUACUGGAAGAAGCGGCUUCACUCGGCUUGAAGGUGGUUGGCGUAGCUUUCCACGUAGGCAGCAGCUGUUCGUCAGCGCACAGCCAUGUAGAAGGCUUGCAAAACGCGAGGGCGCUGUUUGAUUACGAGACACGCGCGGGCAGAGGGAUGAGUAUCGUCGACAUUGGAGGAGGAUUCCUAAGCGACAAAAUUGAUAGAAUUGAUCAGGUAUCCAAACUAAUAAAUACUACUUUGGAAGAACUGUUCCCGGAGCAUAGUGUGCAAAUAAUUGCGGAGCCAGGGAGAUAUCUUUGUGACACCACUUGCAAUUUGUACUGCAGUGUCAACAGUAUUCGACGGGCAACACGCGGUGGUGAAAAAGUAAAUAUGAUAUACAUGAACGACGGAUUAUUUGGAAGCUUAAGAUACAAUGAUCCUUGGCAAACUGUCAAAAGAUUCGGAAGACCUGGAGAUAUAAGAAAUGAGAAGCUCGAGAAAACAAUAUUGUGGGGUCCCAGCUGCGACUCCACGGACCGAGUUAUGCAAAAUGUUGAUAUUAUGUUACCCCGCUGCACUCCUCUUGAUUGGUUAAUAUUCGCUAUACAAGGAGCGUAUUCAUUCGGAUUCGCUAGUCAGUUCUCAUGUUUGCAAAGACCUCAGAUGCGAUCAGUGAUAUCACGUGACCUUUGGACAAAAUUAAAAGACAGCAAAGUAUUCGGCCCAGGAGAUUUUGAAAACAAUCCAGAUAUAUCAGCGCCACUCCCUUCAACCUUACCUCCAAUAAUUAACAAGUCAACAUUUGUAAAAUCAAAUACUUUAAAAAUUUAA